UCUUUUCGCACGAUCACUGGCUAGUAGAUCAACAUUGAGCUAGAUAGCUAGCUAGCUAGCUGUACUGUAGGUUAGUAAUCAAGGCUAAAGAUGUCGAGAAAGAUAGCUGGCUUGUAUGACAUGGAGGACACACUUGGCUCCGGCCAUUUCGCCGUUGUCAAGAGCGCGCGGCACGUCUUUACGGGCCUCCGGGUGGCGAUUAAAGUCAUUGAUAAGCACAAACUGGACGAGGUCUCUCGAACGCAUCUGUAUCAAGAAGUGCGAUGUAUGAAGCUUGUCACGCACCCUAGCAUCAUUCGAUUGUACGAGGUCAUAGACACACAAUCAAAACUGUACCUAAUACAAGAGCUAGGGGACGGUGGGGACCUGUACGACUUCGUCAUGAAACAUCCAAAUGGUAUAGAAGAAGACUGUGCUCGGAACAUAUUCCGCCAGACAGUGUCGGCCAUUCAAUACUGCCACAAGCUACAUGUGGUACAUCGAGACCUCAAGCCAGAGAACCUAGUCUUCUGCACUGUGCAGGGAGGGAUGAAUGGACCGCAAGUAAAGCUGACGGAUUUUGGUCUAUCGCGGACUUUUCUACCGGGAGAAAUGAUUGAGUCUUCGUGUGGAUCGCUGGAAUAUUCAGCGCCCGAGAUUCUUCUAGGAGACUCGUAUGAUCCGCCUAAGAUUGAUGUGUGGAGCCUUGGAGUGAUCCUGUUCAUGCUCAUCACUGGCCGCUCCCCCUUUGCGUAUGGGGGGGCGGGGGAAACACUCACUCGUAUUAUGGAUGGCAAGUACCUCCUCCCAGGACACGUCUCUGAGAUGUGUAGAAAUUUGAUAGCUUCUAUGAUUGUUGUGGAUGCCUCUAAGAGAGCCUCACUGGAGGAAGUAUCACGCCAUGAAUGGCUGCAACAGUGUCUUCCUGAGUGUCUUCCUGAGCACACCCCGGAACAGGACUUGCCAGACAUUGCAAUCCCAGAGUUGCCAGAAUCAGACGUGGAACUAAUACUGCUCAGAAUGGAAGAGGGAGGUUACGGCACACCCCCGGAUGUACUCAGACUCAUCAAAGAGAAGCCAUAUGGUAGCACCUCCGCCACUUUCUAUCUGCUAGCUGAGGCGGAACGUCACCGGAGGAUGCACUACCCCACCACGCCCACACGCUCACGCAAGGUCUCCAUGCCUGUUGGACCACGACCUCUACUCUUUCAAAAUACCACUACCAACUCCCUCCCCUUCACUUCCCUCCCCUCCCCACAACGUCACGGCUCAGCAGAGUCUGGGAUACUGCAACCACGACGUCAACCAUCAGAGGAAAUACGACGCUUCAGUGAUGAUGUCAACACUACUUCCCUCGUGGGUACGCCCAAUAAAUCGUUGUCCCGGACACCACUCACCCCUCGGGUAGUAAACUCUCCUCUCAGUAACACAUUUAGUGCUUCACAGUCCGGAGUCUAUCAUAGCCCCACCCCCGCAUUCCCGAUCAAAGUACAGCCAAUAUCCGAAGACGAUCUAGAGGAUCAACAAGUGCCCACCUCCUCCAACUUGUUAACAGACACACCCACUAUACUCAUGGAGAAUAUGGAUCACAACAGUCAUCUCUACUGCAAUCGACAGUUGUCUACAUUCGAGGAGGAAAGUGAAACUGAAAGCAUCUCCGACAACAGGUGUGGACGUACGACCUCUGAAAGCCCCGCCCACAGCAGCCCGGGUCACCCACGGAUACGCUCCCGACAGCUAUCAACUUCACGAUCUUCCCCACACCUCCUCUGCUCUAUCAGCAAGUCCGAUAUUAGUGAUGACGAACCAGAAGACGAAGAUGACAUCGUUGAACUGAUGACCACCUCCGGACGAUUUCCCAGCAGGAGUGGGACUUUCCCUCGCGUCUCCCCAAGCCACUCCCCCCUCUUAACGAGCAGGAGGUCCCCCACACACUAUCUAACGGGCAGCUCUGAUGACGAGGUGGCCAAUGUGUUUGAUCAUUCACGCAGACAUCGAAGCAAGAGAUUGUCAUAUCGAAAGCCAAAUCGAAAGAAGCUCGUAAAAGUGGACAGUGUUAGUUCCGACGAUGGAGCCGGUAGCGAUAAUAAUGUCAAAGCGCGAAUGUCAAGGAAACAAAGACUACUAGUUAUUCGUCAUCACAAAUCCCUACCAUCGACUUCCAACGAUGGCCACACUUCCGAGAGUUUAAACGACCUUUUGGAGAAUUUUAGACGCCAGAGAAGUGGCUCUGUCCGUAGCAACAGUUCCCUUAGCGACGGUAUCCCAGCUUCGGGAGAUCGAGAUAUGAAUGAACUGGCCAAUUCUCUCGUAUCCGAAUUUAAACUGAGUGACGACGAUUUCACGGGCGCGAGUGUCGAGGUUGCCAUGGAGACUGAGAGAGGAUUGACCAAUGGGAGUGAUCAGAACAAUAUGAGUAGAGACAGUAGUCCCAGUAGUGGCGGUGGUGGCGGCAAGAGAACUGGAGGCGCCACAACCACCCUCAGAUCUGUGUUAUGCUCUAUUCUGUGAUCCAUAAUAAUUAUUAUUAUUAUUUAUGAGAAUUUUGUGUAUUAUUUAGUUUUUGUACACUAGCAAGCUCCCAGUGUGUGCGCUUCAGUAUCAUAUUAUUUCAUCACUUUUUUUUAUGAUUGUGUCGUUAAAAUUCUUGAGAAAAUUC